AUGUGCUGCAUGGGCUCUCAGCGCUCGGUGUGGGGAUUCGCCCGAGUUCAGGACGAAGUUCAGGAACGGCGGGUGGGUGAACGCUUCCUUCGCAGCGUGGAAGCGCAGCUACAGAACUGUGUGCACCCUUGCCCGGACAUCUCGGAGGACGGUUGGGAUUGGCCUUGCGACCGGAUACGAUGCGCAAAGGGCUUGGUGGCGUUCAUGCAAGGGGGCUCCGUGGGCCUGUUCUACAUCAUCUCUGGGUUCGUGGUGUCUCUGGGAUAUAGCGCCAGCGCAGCGGUGAGGUUCAGCGCAGGUGAUUUCUGGAUGCGCCGUGUGGGACGACUGGGCCCCACUUCUGUCUUGACAGGUGCCCUUGGGUUUUUCUUCAAAUUGUUCGCGCAUCCUGCUUCCACGCCCGACCUGACAAUCUUGGACUUGGUGCUGUGCUUCACAGGUAUGACAUCUUGGGUCUCGACGUCACCUGUCAUCAAGGAGACGUGGACCGUCUCGACGAUGCUCUUCUUCUACGCCUGCUUCCCCUUCCUGGCCCCGGCGCUGCAGAAGCUGCAGCUGCGGCAUCUCCGCCCCGUGGCCUGGGCCAUGUACGUGCUCCAGGCAGUGGCCAUGUGCUCGGCCGCGCCGCUAACAUUGAGUCACCUGGGCCACAGCGGCUACUGGAUCCGCAUGUUUCCACCCGCACGUCUGCCCGUCUUCAUCAUGGGCGUGUGCGCGGGCUUCGCCCGAACCCGCGCCGGGCAAGGCGAGACCGUGAGCGAAGCCGUGCCCGCCGUGCCCGCCAGCGGCGUUGCCUGGGGAAGCAGGGCAUGCUUGCCGGGUUGGGUCCUGGCCAUGGCGUGGAUGGGUCUCACGGCCGCGGCCACCGUGGUGACGUACUUCUGCUCGGUGCGCCUCUUCCCGCUCCAGUUCUACCUGGAAGUGUUCUUGCCCAUCCUAUUCUACGAGCUCAUCCUCGCAAUCACCAGCGAAGACCGCCUGUCCGGUUUCUUCCGGUCCAGGCCCUUGCGGUUCCUGGGAGGUAUCUCCAUGUGCAUCUACAUGGUCCACCCGCUCGUCAUGGAGGGCGUGGCCCUCGCCCUGGGCAAGAAUCUGCAGGUCAAGUCCCUGCCCUGGUGGACCCUGCUGGUGGCCGUGCCGUCCUCGAUUGUGCUGGGCUGGCUGCUCACAGCACUCUUCGAGAGGCCCGUCUCCAGGUGGUUCCGAGCCGGGUACGAGCAGGUCAGCGCCAAGGAGUUGUAUCUGGUCGCCGAAACGCGAGCAGUCGGUGCGGAGACUGCUGAGAACCUGGUAGACCUGCUUGGAACUCAGUAUGCACUAACCGUGAGAGAUUGCCAGCUCCGAUCAUGUGUUGGACAGAAGCUCCGCCGAAGGCGAGACCCAGGCCGCCGGGAGCUUUCAGACGGGAUUGUGGCACCGCUGAGGCACUUUGACAAUGCAAGCUCCUUGAGCUUGUCAGCCAAGCAAUCGAGACUGCGGGUCUACAUUGACAGGGCCGCGUCAGUAUGCCCAGCAGCGGAUCGCAUUAUCGUCUUGCAGAAGUGGCGCGAAUUGCUGAUGAUCAACCCUGAUGCAACAGCCGCAGGGCGACAACUGAUUGCAGAGGCCGGAAAAGAUGUCGACCACAAUGAUGCUUGGCAAAUUUUGCAAGAUCACUUUGCUCGGAAAUCCACAUCAACACUGAGGACAAGGGUCAAUUCGUUGUGCUUGUUCUGUAAGUGGUUCAAGAUUGAAUUCCCAAACGAACUUGCUAUUCCGCCAAGUGAAGAAGGUGUAUACAGUUACUUGUGUCACCUGCGAAGGGUCGAGUCUCCCCCCAUGCGGGGCUCUACCUUUAUGGCUUCGCUUGCGUUUCUAUCGGGUUUUCUUGGCAUGAUUGAAGCUGCGCAAGCAGCUUUCUCCCAGAGAGCCCUCGGAGUCGCGCACUUGAUGUGUGUCAACAAAGCGCCGCUCAAGCGAGCGCCAGUUUUGACUGUUCCGAUGAUAUGUGCCUGGGAACUGACUGCAGUCUACGAGGCUGAGUUGUGCACCCGAGCAUUUGCAGGGUUUGCCACGCUUUUGCUGCUUGGAAGGCUGCGUUGCUCUGAUGGGAACCGAUUAGAGUGUGGUUCGGUUGAGGGAGACUUCCUUGAAGGCAAUCUUAUGAAAGUCAAAACGGCAAAGACGAAGGAGAAACAGGUUACAUUCCUGCCUGCUGUCAUUCCAACAAUGGGCCUGUUGGGCCUACCGUGGCUGAGUUCUUUCUUGUCAGCACGAGCUCAGCUAGGACUGAAGUCGCUCCCUACAGAGCGUGACAGACGAGCUCAGAGUGUUGCGACGCACAAGUUUGUUCUCUUUCCCAGCGAGGCUUCAGUUUCGGCGGACAGGCAGUCGGCAAUCAGUGCUGCCGAUGUAUCUCAACGUUUGCGUGAAGUUUUGUCUAAGCUGUUGAACUAUGAUGAGGUGCAGGGUUAUUCAAGCCACAGUCUGAAGGCAACGAUGCUUAGCAUGUUCAACAAAUAUGGCGAGAGUGACUAUCUCGAUGAGGCACAGCUGCUCCGGUAUCAUGUCCUACAAGGGCGGCAGUCAGCCCUCAAUUACACUCGUGACUGUCUGGCGAAGCCGAUGAGAGUUUUCAUGGACAUGUUUGAAUGCGUGGCUGAAGGAUCCUACAUGCCGGACAACUCCCGCGGCCGCCUUUUCCCCGAGUUCGCGGAUCGCGUCUGUGCGAUGACUCAGUUUGAAGAGCAUGCAAAGAAGUCUGUGGACCAAGCCAUUGAAGUACUCACUGGAGAGGGUUUUCUUCGUGCGGCUCGCAAACCUGAUGCGCCAGAGAGUGAUCAAGCUAACAAGCACGGUGAUGUGCUAGAUGAGGGUGUCUCAUCCAAGGCCCGUCCGGCGGUGAUGCCACAGGUGGGCGGAGAGGUGCACAGCCCCAGUCCCCACUCCCUGGUGUUUGUCCCAAUGUUAGACUCCCAGGCCAUAUUCGAAGCCCGUGCACGGGAGAUAGGCUUCACAGACACAGAAAUCGCUGUCUUCAAGCAGCAGGGCUGGGACACGUUCGGGAGGUUGGCCUUCGCUAAGAACUACACGGCAGGCCAGGCCGACGACAAGCCUCUCAUAGAGCUGGCUCAGGUCAUUACGGGAGUACCUCGCCUCCUGCAAACCGAGUACCUCUCGUUCGCCAGCCAUUCUCUCAUCGACGCGGUGGUGCAGAUGUACGAUGAAAAUCAGCUCAGGUACCUCCGGUGGGACCAAUGUACGAAACGCGACCAAGAACUUAUGGGGACCAAGUCGGACCCCAUGUGGCGGCCCGACGCCAAUGGCCACAUCAAGGAAGUCAAAAUGCCCGUUGAGCUGAAAGCAAAUACCAGCACGGAUCUCAAACUGAAGUUUGCGUUGCAGCGUAGGUCCCUCGCUUUUGACCAAAGUCGUCUCAUCGACUACGACAAGAUGGAGCGUUGGGCCCAAGUCCUCCUCGACGCCUUCUUGGAGAUCCCGCCGGCAGGCUAUGCUAAGGUGAGCGUCGAGCAAGUCCACAACGCCGAUCUGGCGCUGUUCAAGUGCAUGAUGAAAGAGACUAGGUCAGGCAUCAAACCUUUGGCGGAUGGUACACUGCCAAUCGAAACAGCUAUCCGUGCGGCCAUCUCUGCCCCUGAAGUCCGCCUCUGCUUGCAGCCGCUACCCUUGCAGUCAGGAGCCAGGCGCAAGGCCGAUGAUGCUGUUCUUGAGGACACCACUUCUGUCAAGCGCAGGGGCGAAGCGUCAAAAGCCCGAACCGAAGAAGAGCGACUCAAGCGCCAGGAAAGGGGGGCCGCAAACGACUCGGGCGUGGUGCGGAUGCCGAAUCGCCUCAUCGGCUACUCGGCCACGAAGCCGGAUGGUGAGCCGGUUUGCUUCGACUACAACCUGGACGGCUGCUCUGACGCAGCCGCAGGAGAGAAGUGCCGCAAAGGCUGGAACAAGCCAUCCCUUGCGUGA